AUGGUCGUUACAAGAAGUCAAGCUGGGAACGAAGAAACGGGAAGGGUAUAUACGGAGCCCCCGCGCUCUCCGUCGGCAGCAGCGUCGUCGAGCCAGCAUCCUGCACACGGCGGGAUACAUACCGAACGAGGGACACGCGCCGCUGAACAAACCGACCGAGAGGCCCGAGCUACAGUUGCCGAUCGUGCCGCGAACUGGACGGACGCGACCGCAGCCAGUACAUGGGAAGCGCCAGUACCUGAAGCCCGAGAAACCGUACAGAAUGUACCAGAUCCAGUGUACACUACUCCACGAAAGGCGAUUUCUAUACGAACGCGCCGCUCCACUGCAAGCGUUAUUGCUCGCAUGCAGUAUGAAGCUGAAGAAAAACUAGCAGCCAUACGAAGACGGGAACUGCAGAUAGAUGCGGAACUAAUUAAAAAGAAGCUCGCUGCAGACAUGGCCGCGCUAGAAGAGGACAGUAAUGCUGAAGAAGAGGAGCCACCAGAACAAGUGAAGCAACGCGUCACUGCCUGGCUGAAUGAGAGUGGCCCCGACCAGGAAGCAGCACGGGGGGAGUCAACUGCACCCUACCCUCCGCAGAUCACCACCACUGCAACGAUGGAAUCAAAACCAGUAGAUACGCCGCACAGAAGACGAACGACAGAAGGCUAUAAAACGCGUGUCGGAUGGGAGACACCACACAGAGAAAAAUCUCAUACUCCAGCAACAUCACGUGGCCGAGGGGUAGAACAAUUAGCGGAGGUGUUAGAAAAAAUGAUGACCCGCCGCCCGCCGCCUCGUCAAGCCUCCGAACUACCGAUAUUCACCGGCGCACCGACCGACUGGUUACAAUUCAAGACGGCAAUGGAAGAUACAACUGCCAUGUAUAACUUCACGCCGAUGGAAAACUUAGCUCGCCUUCGUAACUGCCUACGCGGGGAAGCUAAAAAAGCAGUUGCACCAUUACUAGGUGUCGCAACACCGCCUGAUCAAAUAAUGAAGACAUUAGAACAAUGUUUCGGACGACCGGAAGUCAUCAUAGACCGACUGAUGGAAGAUAUGAAAAAACUACCGAGACUCAGCGGAACAGCCGUCGAAUUAAAUACAUUCGCCGUUAAAAUUCAGAACGCUGUAGCUAUCCUGAGAAGAUUAAAGCAAGGAUAUCUUCACAAUCCAUUGCUUAUCAGAGACAUACUGGAGAAGCUCAGCCCUCAUCAGAAGUCCAGGUGGUACGACUACGCAGUAGAGGCUUCAGAAACAAGUAGCAAGCCAGAAAUAAUUAUGCUGUCGGAAUUUCUGAUGAGAGAAGCUGAUAGAGCCUUGAAGCACGGGUUCUAUACAGUGAAGAAAGAAGUACCUCGACCUGUUGUUAAAACCACAGAAUUCAGAACUAAGAAGCCGGUUUUUGCAAUCAACACCGAGGAAAACGAAGAGGAAAUUAUGAAAUGCUCCGCCUGUGGACAAGGACACAACUUACCCAAGUGUUUUAAGUUCCUCAAUCAGAACAUACAAGAAAGAUGGAACACGGCGAAGAACGCUAAGCUAUGUUUCAAAUGUUUAUCCCGAAGACAUAGAAGAAUGAACUGUCGAGCGAAGAGCUGCGGAAGCAACGGCUGCAAGCGACCGCAUCAUGCGCUACUUCACCAGGAAACGGUUGCAUCAUCCGUAACAACCGUCUCAGAAACCGAAGACACCGUGGCAACAGCAUCUAUUGCCCACGGACGAGAAAUAAAAUUGAAAAAACGACCUGUAACAAUAAGAGGACCAAAAGGAGAAACGAAGAUCUAUGCAUUAUUCGAUGAAGGUUCAACAGUCACGCUGCUGGAUAACGAAAUAGCAGAAGCGAUUGGAGCCGACGGACCCUCUAAGGCAUUAUUAAUGCAUGGAGUAAAUUCAGAACAUAAAGAAAUGAACAGCCGAACAAUAAAGUUGAACAUUCGCAGUCAAGACGGAAAGGAACACGUCAUGACAGCUAGAACAUUGACCGGCAUGAAUUUAUUAAGUCAGUCAAUACCUGAAAAGCUAUUGGACUUAGAACAUCUUCAAGAUCUCAAACAAGAAGACUUGUGCUAUGAGAAUAAGAAACCACAACUUCUCAUAGGCACCGACAACUGGCAACUGAUCGUGUCCAGAGAACUAAGAAUGGGAAAGAAAAAUCAACCAGCUGCCUCUAAAACACAGCUCGGCUGGGUGAUCCAUGGAAGCGUUCCGAAAAAGAUUAUAAAGCAAGAUUGCGAGAACAUCCUUCACGUAGUGAACGUCAUCUCACAAGGCGAUCACUUAGAAGAAAUGAUAAAGAAACACUUCGAAAUCGACGCACUAGGAAUAGCGACAGAGAAGAAGUUGAAUAAACAAGAUCAACGUGCCGUUGACAUCUUCGAGAGAACAGCGAAACGAAGAGACGGACACUACGAGGUCGGACUCCUAUGGUGCAUAGACGACAUCGAGUUACCUGUAAAUUAUAACAACGCUCUCAGAAGACUGAAAAAUCUAGAGCACAAAUUGAACAGAUCAGUUGAAGAGAAACAACAAUACGAAGAACAAAUAAAGAACUUGCUGAAUAAGAAAUACGCUGUAAAGUGUGACGGAUCGGAAACAGGCAGCAAAGUGCAAUGGUACUUACCACACUUUCCCGUUAGAAAUCCAAACAAGCCGGGAAAGGUGCGACUGGUAUUCGACGCUGCAGCUAAAACCCACGGAGUAUACCUGAACGAUUUCUUACUAGAAGGCCCUGAUCUGUUGAUAUCGCUGAUGAGAAUACUCUUUCGAUUCCGUGAAGAAGCCGUCGCCGUAAAAGCCGACGUGGAAGAAAUGUUUCUUCAAAUAAAAAUAAGAAAAGAAGACCAACCUGCGCAAAUGUUCCUGUGGAGGGAAGAUGAAAAUCAACCGCCCACAACAUAUAAGAUGGCUGCGAUGAUUUUCGGCGCUACGAGUUCACCGUUUCUGGCGCACGCUGUCAGAAAUAAGAACGCACAAGAAUACAAUGAAAUGCAUCCUGAAGCUUUUCGUGCAAUAACGGAAGCCCACUACAUGGACGAUUAUGUGGAUAGUUACACCACAAAAGAAGACGCUGAAAGAAUGAUAAGUCAAGUGGACAACGUGCACAAGAAGGCAGGCUUCAGAUUGAGAGGAUGGACGAGCAACAAUAUUAACAUUAUGAAGAAUAUACCGAAAGAUCGGCAUGCGAAAAACACAACGCAAGCGAUCACCAAAGAUGAACAGAAGACAUUGGGAAUGUUAUGGGAUUCAGUGAACGAUGUGCUAAAAUUCAAUACGUCACUGAAUAGAGUUCCCAGAGAAGUAUACAAUAUGACUCGUGCACCGGCCACGCGAGAAACUCUAAGCACAGUCAUGAGUAUAUACGAUCCGCUGGGAUUACUCAGUUGCUACACAAUCACCGCGAAAAUGCUACUCCAAGACCUGUGGCGACAGAAACUGGGCUGGGAUGAACCGCUACCGUCAGAAGCCUCUGAAAACUUCGCCAAGUGGUUAAUGAACCUCGAACAUAUUAGCCGCCUCGAACUACCGCGAAGUUACAACGGGGGGAGUCCAGUGAGAAGUCGACAGCUGCACAUCUUCUGCGAUGCCAGCAAGGACGCCUACGCCGCAGCAGCUUAUUGGAGGCUGGAACAAGAAAACGGAGACAUUAAUACUAUUUUAGCAGCAGCGAAGGCUAAAGUAGCUCCGUUGAAAAGCCAGACGAUCCCGCAACUGGAAUUGCAAGCCGCACUGAUCGGUGCGAGGCUAGGAAGCAAUAUUGUGAAAGAUCAUCGAUGGAUAGCCGACGCUGUUUUCUUCUGGACUGACGCUCAAGUGGUUCUACAGUGGAUUCAGAACGGGAAUCUGCGAUAUACACCCUAUGUAUCGCAUCGACUGGGAGAGAUCGCCGAAUUGACGUCAGUACACCAGUGGAAAUGGAUAACAAGCAAACAGAACGUCGCCGACAUAGCAACCAGACCAGGAUACGUGCCGAGGAACCCCGAAGACCCAUGGUUCCGCGGUCCGGAAUUCCUAUCGAGACCAAUAAACGAAUGGCCUCAACAACACUCGAUCAACGAAGAACAAGAUGACGAGCAGAUCAUCCUACACGCAGUAGAAGACGACUGCAUGUUAGAUUGCUUACCUGAUGUAAAACGCUUCUCUAACUACGAGCGUCUUAUCAGGGCGACAGCAAUAGCGCUACUGUUCCCGGAGAAGUGCCGGAAUCGACGGGCUACUCUAGACGUCGACCACUUAAGAAGGGCAGAAUUUUUAUGGCACCAGAAGGCACAGAAUGACAGCUUCCACGCCGAAAUAGAGUUGAUGAAGACGGGGAAGACACUUCCUAGAACAAGUCCACUAUACCGACUUCAUCCAAUUUACAAAGAAAAGUUAUUACGGCUAGAUGGAAGAAUUGUAGCUGCACAAGUGUCCGCGGAUAUGAAGAAUCCCAUCGUAUUGGACGGUCGCCAUCCCUUCACCAGACCUUAUUGA